CUUCGUUCUAGCAACACGAGACAAUGCGUGCUAUUGUGCUGUUUUCCGCCUGUCUGGCGAUCGCUUCGGCCGACAUCGGACUGAAACUGCGUCAGGCUGCUGCCGCUUCCGGUGGUCUAUCUAGCUACGAUGUUGGCCAGGGAUCCGUGUCGAUCGAUUACUCGCCGUCGAACUUUGACCAGGCCGUCGUAGGAGGUAGCUCAGGUGCCAGCAGUUUCUCAGGAGCCGGAUCGUUCAGCGGAGCCUCGGUUGCCGCCAAUGAUGGUCAGUUCGAAGCCGGAUAUCAAGCUGGUUUGGCCGCUGCUGCUCGUGCUGGUGCUUCUGCUGGAGCUGCUGCUGGUGCCGGUGCCGCUGCUGGAGCUGGUGCCGGAGCUGGAGCUGGAGCUUUCGGAGGUUCCGCUUCCUUCGGAUCCGCUGGAGCUUCAUCGUUCGGAGGUGCCGAUACCCGUGGAUCAUUCGGAGGAUCUUUCGGAGGAGCUGGAGCUUUCGGAGGAGCAGGAGCCGGAGCAGGAGCUGGAGCUUCCGCUGGAGCUAGCGCAGCUGCCAAGGCUGGUGCUGGAGUCCGUUACAUCGUCAAGCCUGAAAUCGUGAAGAAACACUUCUACUACCACGUUGCCCCUGAAGCCGAGGCCGCCGCUGAAGCCGAAGCCCGCGUUGAAAUCCAGCCCCAGACCCACUACAAGGUUCUGUUCAUCAAGGCCCCGAGUGCCCAGGCCGAAGCCGCUGCCCGUGCCGCCGCUCGUACCCGCACCCAGGAGAAGACCAUCGUCUACGUUUUGGUCAAGAACGCCGAUGCCCAAUCCGAAUCUGCCGCCGAUGCUGCCGUCGAUACCUACAACUCUGCCAAGCCCGAGGUCUACUUCAUCAAAUACCAAGGAAAGGGAGCCGGUGCCAAGGCUGGAGCAUCUGCCGGUGCCUCUGCUGGAGCUUCCGCUGGAGCUGGUGCUGGUGCCUUCGGUGGUGCUGGUGGAUUCGCCGAUGCUGGUGCUGCUGGUUUCGCUAAUGCUGGUGCUGCCGGAUUUGCCGAUGCCGGAGCUGCUGGAUUCGCUGAUGCUGGAGCUGCUGGAUUUGCUGAUGCUGGUGCCAGUGCUUCAGCUGGUGCUGCUUCUUCCGCUUUCACUGGUGCUGGUUCCACCACCUUCGAUGCCGUCCCAACCUUCCUAAGCGGUGGUGGAUCUGCGGGAUUCGGAGAUCUGCGCUCCGGUGCCGUCGAUGCCUCCUCGGCCGGUGAUUCCGGAAUCGAUGGAACCGUUGUGAACAGCGCUGCCUUCGGUGGUUCCUCAACCGUUGGAUCCGUCGACUUCUAAAAACCCCAAAAACCAAAACUACCCGCUACACGCUAAAGAAGAUGGAACCCGAUGAAAAACUGAACAACAAAAAAUUGGGCUGGAGAACGAUGCAUAACAUGAAUAGGGAAAAAAACAAUCUUAAGGAUCAAUAGAAUAGGUUUAUUUUUCUUUAGGAUAAAAAUCGAGAGCGAAACGCUUUGCUAGGGCACAAAUCAGUAUGAGAGAGAAACAAGAGUCAUGUUCCAAAAACUAAAACAUAAACGACUGCCAUUAAACUUGUACAAAGUACAAGUGCUGCGCGGCCAGAAGCCAACUUUGUACCAUUGCGAAAGGUUAUGAGAUUAUACGAAUGAAAAAAAAAAACAAAUAAUCAAACGGACAAAUAA